UUUUCCAGAGGGUAAAAUGCAAGGAUCAACGUGGAGUUAAGCUUGGCAAAACCAUUCCCUUAUGUGUCUAAAGUUCAUAGAAAAGGUGUGUGGAGUUUUCCUGCAGCUGACAGGAAACUAGGAAUGGUUGCAUGGGCAUUUUUGGAACAAAGGAGAAGCAACGUGGUAGCACAUUCAGUUAUUUAGGGAGAAUACAACUCAAUGCCUCUUCUUUGGAAACUACACCCUCAAGAAUCCACAGACACUAUUUGCCAACAACUGACUUCUUCUAAGAAGUGCUGCCCUUUAUGGCUGUCUUUGAAGUUGUGAAGUGGAAUACAAGCUGGAUUCAAAUUAAUGUCUUUCUGUGUAGAUAUUUUGAUCGCACAACGUUUAAUUUUUACAAGUAAUCGACCUAUUCAGGUAACAUCGGUUAUUCGAGACCCAUCAUUUUUGCUUAACCCAGACAGUUAGUGUUGAAUCUCCCAACCCGGCACCAUGAGUUUUGCCGAGCUUUUAGACCACGUCGGGGGGAUGGGUCGCUUCCAAAUCAUUUAUGCUAUUUUACUGGCUAUCCCAGUUUUCAUGAUGGCCAGCCAUAAUCUCCUGCAGAACUUCACAGCUGCCUUCUCUGCGCACUAUUGCCAUGUCCAUAUCAACAUCAACAACACUCCUUACACCAACCUCACCGGAAAGCUCGCUGCCAAGGACCUCCUCAGGGUCUCCGUCCCCAUGGACAGCAACCAGCAGCCAGAGAAGUGUCACCGCUUUGUCACCAUGCAGUGGCAGCUCUUAGACUCCAACGCCACCAUCACAAACCUAACCGAGCUGGAGACUGAACCCUGUGCUGAUGGGUGGGUAUAUGACAAGAGCAUUUUCACCAGCACCAUCGUUACAGAGUGGGACCUGGUGUGUGACUCCCGGCAGCUGAAGCAGAUGGCUCAGUCCAUCUACAUGGCUGGGAUCCUGGCAGGAGGCAUCAUCUUUGGAGGUCUGUCAGACAGGUUUGGCCGCAGGUCUCUCUUGAUCUGGUGCUACUUGCAGAUGGCUGUCACAGGCACCUGCACUGCCUUGUCGCCCAGCUUCACUGCCUACUGCAUCUUCCGCUUCCUGACCGGAAUGGCCUUCUCGGGCAUUGUGAUGAAUGGUGUCUCUCUGUCUGUGGAAUGGACACCCACCCGCACACGGGCUGUUGUGGGCACCAUGUAUGGAUACUGCUACACGAUCGGGCAGUUCAUUCUGGCUGGGGUGGCUUACGCUAUCCCCAACUGGCGCUGGCUGCAGCUUGUGGUGUCUUUGCCCUAUUUCAUCUGCUUCAUCUACUCCUGGUGGUUCGCGGAGUCUGCCCGAUGGCUGGUGAUAGCUGGCAGACCCGACAAGGCAGUGAAGCAGCUCAAGAGAGUGGCCAGGAUAAACCGGAAGAAGGAAGAAGGAGACAAACUCAACAUAGAGGUAUUGAGAUUCAACAUGCAAAAAGAAAUAGCCUCUACAAAGAGCAGCUAUACCUUCAUUGACUUGGUGCGGACCCCUGUUGUACGCCGGAUCUCCUUCUGCCUCUGCUUUGUAUGGUUCUCCACCAGCUUUGCCUAUUAUGGGUUGGCCAUGGACCUGCAGAAUUUUGGUGUCAAUAUCUUCUUGAUCCAGAUGGUCUUUGGAGCUGUUGAUUUCCCAGCGAAGUUCAUCUCAGUCCUCACAAUCAGCUUCAUCGGGCGCCGGUUCACACAGGCAUUGACCCUCAUCCUGGCUGGACUCUCUAUCCUAGCCAACAUCUUUGUCCCACAAGAUCUGAAGACCGUGCGCACCGUUCUGGCUGUCUUUGGAAAAGGCUGUCUUGCUGCCUCCUUUAACUGUGUCUACCUCUACACGAGUGAGCUGUACCCCACAGUGAUUAGGCAGACCGGCAUGGGUUUGAGCAACACCAUGGCACGCCUGGGCAGCAUCACUGCCCCAUUGGUGAAGAUGUUGGAGGAAUACAUUCCCUUCCUGCCACUGAUCAUUUAUGGAGCUGCCCCAAUCAUCUCCGGCAUUGCAGCGACCUUCCUGCCAGAGACGCUCAAUGUGCCAUUGCCUGAGACCAUAGAGGAGGUGGAGACACGACCCAGGCAACUGAGAGAUGAAGAACAACAAAUGAACAUCCUUCUGAAACCCACCAUGCCAGACCCAGCCAAGGAAGCCAGUUAAGGAAAGAAAAACGAGCAACUGUUGUAGGGUCUAUGGGUAAAAUUUUCAAAAGUGCCUAAGUGUCUUAGGAGCCUAUGUUCCAUUUUCAGCAGUGACUUAGCCACUCCCAGGAGAGAUAGGUGCCUCAUCUUCCCACUUGGCACUUAUCUGAAUCUCUUGGCACCAAAAUACCUUUGAAAAUGUGGCUCCCAAUCACUUUUGAAAGAGGGGGCUUUAGCACAUUUGAAGACUUUCCCCUAUCUCUUUUACUGUUUUAAUCAUGCCAGAAGUAUUAUGCAGGCAUCAGUGACAACUCCAUAGGGGUUGAAUUUUGCACUUAAUGCAGGGAAUCAACCUCUUCAAACAGCAUGUUGACCUCCAAAUCACAGCAAGAAUUUAUACCAUGGGACCUGCUGGUGAGUAAGGUGGGGGACACGACUCAAUUACUCUAUGUAGCUCCUUCAUGUAGUUCAAAAUCUGGUGUUGCACUCUGCUGGGAUCCAACAUAUGGUACUCAACAGCUCAGCAAAUACUUUUGGGCCAGAUCCUCAGCAAGUGUUAAUCCAUGUAGUUGAGGAUUGGCCCACUAUUGCAGGACAGUCACAUGGUGGCAAUUCUUAAGGGAAUUCUGUAAAAAUAUGUACAGAAAUGGUGGCAGAAUAUAGGAACUGCCGGACUGAUCACAGCCAAGGUCCAUGGAGUCUCUCUGACAGCGGUCAGCAAUAGAUGCCUCAGAGGAAGGUGUGAGAACCCUGAAGUGGGCAGAUAUGACAUAAUCUCCCCAUCAUCAAGUCUCACUUUAUCGUAAACAGUCAUUAGUUGGGCAAAAAAUGGAUUUUUCAGCUCACUCACAAUUUGGGAAAAACACUAUUUGGCUGAAAAUGAAAUUGUUCAAAAUUUUCAGCAAAUCAAAAAGAGUAAAAAAUUGGUUUCAAACUAAACAUUUUGCUUUGAUUGCAAAUUGCUCUUCAACUUUUUAAUAUUUUUUAUAAAAAAAAACAAUUAAAGGAAAUUUCUAAACAAAGUUGUUUCAAAUUGAAAAAUCAAAACCUUUAGACUUUUUUGGGAUUUUUCCCCCGAAACAAACAAUUCAGCAAAACCAACAUGAAAUCACGAAUCAUUGCAGUGUCACCAAAUCUGCAUUUUUCAUCCCAAAACAGUUUCGGCUGAAAAAUUUCACACAGCUCCACUAGUCACAGAUUGACUUAAGGCCCGAAGCAUGAGGUUUAUAUGCCUUCUAAAACUCUUUGUUGUAUUAUUGAUAGUCCUGUUACCCAUAGAGAUGUCCAGUUCCCCUUUGAAUCUUGCUAAGUUGUGGCCUCAAUGUCAUCCUGUAUCAGUGAUUUCCACAGUCUAACACUGUCAUGUCAGAAAGGAUAUUUCCUUUGUUCAGUUUUGAAAAGAGGGAAGGGAACCCAGGACUCCAGAUUCUCAGCUUCCCCUGCCCUAGCCCACUACAUUUCACUUCUCUCAGAGUCAGGAGUCCUGACUCCCAACCCCCCAACACAUACACACUCUAACCUCCCCUCCCAUUCCAGAUCUGGGAAUGGAACCCAGGAGUCCUGACUCCGAGCCCCAUCUGCUCUAACCAUUAGACACUACUCUCCAGCCAGAGCUGGGAACAGAAAUCCGAAGUCCUGACCUUCAUUCCUGCUGCUCUGACCCACUAUACUCCAUUCGUUCCGGAACUGGUAACCAUACCCAGGAGUCCUUAUUCUCAGCCCCUUCAGCUCUAACCACUAGACCCUACUCCCCUCACAGAACUGGGAAUGGAACCCAAGAGUCCUGAUGCUAGUUUUAACCACCAGACCACUCAAUUACACCAGUAUAAAUCAAGACUGAAGGUGUGACUACAGCUUGAACAGACAUAUCUGAGCUAGCUUUACUCUCCCUAGCCCAAGUACCAGAGCAAUACUUCAGCACAGGCUGUUCCAGCCUGUCUGAAACCCUGGGUCAUUAUUCUCAGGGCUAGCCUAUGCUGAAGCAUGCACUGCUGCAGCUUCACUGUUCUGGGAGCCAAGCUAGCUAGAUUUAAACAAGCUAGGGUAUGUCUGCUCGAGUUGCAAUUGCCGCCUAUGGACUGCAGCAUAGACAGACCCUAACUCAGCUGCCUAGGUUGGAUUUGAGAAUCUGUCUCCUUGUCCCCAUGCUUUGUGUUAAUAAAAUGCACAUUUCCAUGUUAAAAAAAAAUCCAGUUAACAGGAUCAAAAUGUGGCUCAUCCUGAUCCAUAUAAGGUUUAAACUCCACCUAGAACUGGGACAAAAGCAUCUAUUUACUGUACAAAGAAAAUACCUUUGUGAAAUGCUGUCACAAAUAAACAGUUUCUGUUGCA